UGCGGGGUAAAAUCGAUUGAGUCUGGACGCCAGACAGGUCUCGGGAUCGGCUCACAUCAUGCUUUUCCACCCAAUAUCUUCGGCUCCUUAUCAACCUGCAGCAUUGCGGGGUAUUCGGUAGCUUCGCAACUAUGGCUGCUCAACCCCACAGCCGACGGAACUCGCAGCUGACAGACGGCAGGAGGAGACCCGUCUCACAACUUAGAUUCGUAGAUCCGUGUAAUCUUGCAGAGUAAAAGUGACAAUUUCGUGAUAUAACGACCGCCUAUACCGAGUUCAAAUACCCACUGGAGUGUGAUAUCUGCCCAAGAUGCAUCUCGUCCCGAAAGAGCUCGACAAGCUUGUCAUCUCGCAACUGGGCUUCUUGGCGCAGAAGCGACUGGCUAGGGGUGUUAAGCUGAAUCAUACGGAAGCUACGGCUCUCAUUGCCUCCAACCUCCAGGAGCUCAUCCGCGAUGGCCAGCACACAGUCGCAGACCUCAUGACCAUCGGGUCGACGAUGCUCGGCCGGCGGCACGUGCUCCCCUGCGUGCCAUCGACCCUGCAUGAGAUCCAGGUCGAGGGCACUUUCCCCGUAGGUACCUACCUAGUCACCGUGCACAACCCUAUCGCCACCGACGACGGCGAUCUCGCCAAGGCUCUCUACGGCAGCUUCCUGCCUAUCCCCUCACCUGACCUCUUCCCCUACGCUGCGGCUACGGAUUAUGAGGCAACCAAGAUGCCGGGCGCUGUGGUGGCCAUGAAGGGGCAGAGGGUCGUACUGAACGAAGGGAGGAGAAGGGUCAGGGUGAGGGUUACGAGUAAAGGGGAUCGGCCGAUCCAGGUGGGGAGUCAUUAUCAUUUCGUGGAGACGAACCCGCUGCUUGAGUUUGAUCGGAAGCAGGCGUAUGGGUUCCGGCUGGACAUCGCGGCGGGGACUUCGGUCCGGUUCGAGCCGGGGGACGCAAAGACAGUGACGCUGGUUGAAAUUGGCGGCAACAAGGUCAUCCGGGGCGGAAAUCAUCUGGCCAGCGGUCCCGUGGACUUUUCGCGUGCUGAUGAGAUUAUUCAGAAAUUGCAGCAGGCGGGCUUUGCGCACGCGGCUGAGGAGCCGUUGGGGGACAUGGCGGUGAUCGAACCUUAUGCCUUGGAGAGGUCGGCUUAUUUGACCAUGUUUGGGCCGACGACGGGGGAUUUGGUUAAGCUGGGGAGUACGGACUUGUGGAUUAAGGUCGAGCGGGAUUUGACCAAGUACGGGGACGAGUGUAAGUUUGGGGGCGGCAAGACGCUGCGAGAGGGGAUGGGUCAGGCGACGGGGAGGUCGGACGCGGAGACGCUGGACUUGGUGGUGGUGAAUGCGCUGAUUGUGGACUGGUCGGGCAUCUACAAGGCGGAUAUAGGGGUCAAGGACGGCUUCAUCGUGGGGAUUGGCAAGGCGGGCAAUCCGGACGUCAUGGAUGGGGUUACUGAGGGGAUGGUCGUGGGCAGUUGCACGGAUGUCAUUGCAGGCGAGGGCAAGAUCAUCACGGCUGGUGGGUUGGACACGCAUAUCCAUUUCAUCUGUCCGCAGCAGGCGAACGAGGCGAUUGCUUCGGGUAUUACUACCAUGCUGGGAGGCGGUACGGGACCAAGUGCCGGUACAAGCGCUACAACCUGCACUCCCGGUGCGAACUACAUGAGAGAAAUGCUCCAAGCCUGCGACAGCCUGCCUGUCAAUUUCGGCAUCACAGGAAAAGGCAAUGACAGCGACCCCAAGGCCCUCCGCGAACAAGUCUUCGCCGGUGCCUGCGGCCUCAAACUGCACGAAGACUGGGGCACCACCCCCGCCGCCAUCGACUCAUGCCUGUCCGUCUGCGACGAGCUCGACGUGCAGUGUCUGAUCCAUACCGACACCCUCAACGAAUCGGGCUAUGUGGAAUCUACCAUCGCGGCCUUCAAGGACCGGGUAAUCCACACGUACCACACCGAAGGCGCGGGCGGGGGUCACGCCCCAGACAUCAUCAGCGUCGUUGAGCACCCCAACGUGCUGCCCAGCUCCACGAACCCCACGAGACCCUACACGCGCAACACGCUCGACGAGCACCUCGACAUGCUCAUGGUCUGCCACCACCUCUCCAAGAACAUCCCCGAGGACGUCGCCUUUGCUGAGUCACGCAUCCGCGCCGAGACCAUUGCUGCUGAAGACGUUCUGCAUGAUCUGGGGGCCAUCAGCAUGAUGUCUUCCGACUCGCAGGCUAUGGGGCGGUGUGGGGAGGUCAUUCUUAGGACGUGGAAUACGGCGCAUAAGAAUAAGGUGCAAAGGGGCACGUUGAAGGAGGAUGAGGGGACGGGCGCGGAUAAUUUUAGGGUUAAGAGGUAUGUGAGUAAGUAUACGGUCAACCCGGCCGUGGCACAAGGGAUGGGGCAUUUGGUUGGGAGUGUUGAGGUGGGCAAGUUGGCCGAUUUGGUGGUUUGGGAUCCGGCUUGGUUUGGGUCCAAGCCGAGUUUGGUAGUCAAGAGUGGGUUGAUUGCUUAUGCGCAGAUGGGUGACCCGAACGCCUCCAUCCCUACCGUCCAACCCAUCAUCGCCCGCCCCAUGUUCGCCCCCUUCGUACCCCCAACCAGCGUCCUCUUCGUAUCGCAAGUCAGCAUCGACAGCGGCGCCGUCGCCAAGUAUGGCCUGCGCAAGCGUGUCGAGGCCGUCCAUGGGUGCAGGACUAUCAGCAAACGGGACAUGAAGUUCAACGACGUCAUGCCCAAGAUGCGUGUCGACCCGGAGAGGUACACCGUCGAGGCCGAUGAUGUCGUGUGCACGGCUGAGCCGGCGGAUGAGCUGCCGUUGACGCAGGCGUGGUUUGUUUAUUAAGUGGGAGUAGAUUAAGGGGGGAGAUAUGAGGCAGGGUGCUGAAAAUAUUAGUCGCCAGGUUGAGUUGGAUAAUUUGAGAUAUUCAUACUUGGGGCACAGGAUUUAGUUACGUUAGUAAUUACCGAAUUUGAAGAAACGUCUGUUCCUCUUAAGAAAAGCAUAGACUCGAGCCAUAGCUGCUUUCAUUAAUG